UCUCUUCUCAUCAUGAGUCGCAUGGGUGGUUGGAGUCGUCGUUACUUGCAUGCAACUCGUACCAUUGCUAACCUAUAUGACUACGGACUACAAGUAGAACAAAAGAUACAACAACAAUUGGGUAAUUCACCAGAAAGAGUUCGUAUGAACUUGUUUGGUGCCAUCAACCACGCUUUAGCAACUGCUCUGGAAACCAACGAUCGAGCUGUCGUAUUUGGUGAAGAUGUAGCUUUUGGUGGAGUUUUUCGUUGUACAACGGAAUUACAACAACGUUUUGGUGGUCACAGAGUAUUCAAUACACCCCUAUCGGAACAAGGGAUUGUUGGUUUUGGAAUAGGAUUGGCUGUACAAGGUUUCCAUGCUAUUGCAGAGAUACAGUUUGCGGACUACAUUUUUCCUGCUUUCGAUCAACUUGUGAAUGAAGCUGCAAAAUAUCGUUAUCGUUCUGGUGGCUUGUUUGACUGUGGUGGAUUGACCGUUCGAGCUCCUUGUGGUGCAGUUGGACACGGUGGACUUUAUCACUCACAGUCACCGGAAGCAUACUUUUGUCACACUCCUGGGUUGAAAGUGGUUAUGCCAAGAGACCCUGUGAGAGCAAAAGGAUUGUUAUUGGCUUCCAUCCGAGAUAGAAAUCCAGUCAUCUUUUUGGAACCUAAAAUAUUAUAUCGAAGUAGUUUUGCACAAGUACCACUGGAAGACUAUCUAUUGCCUUUAGGGAAAGCAGAAGUCGUACAAUCAGGAGAAGAUGUGACUUUGAUUGGUUGGGGAGCACAAGUACAAGUCUUAUGUCAAGUCGCUGAACGAGCGAAAGAAAAGAUGAAUCUCUCCUGUGAAGUUGUGGAUAUGAUGACGCUGUUGCCUUAUGAUUUAGAAACCAUUGCUCAAUCCGUAAAAAAGACUGGUCGAGUACUGAUCAGUCAUGAGGCUCCCAUAACCAAUGGACUGGGUGCUGAACUGGCUGCUGCACUUCAGGAACAAUGCUUUUUGUAUUUGGAAGCUCCGAUUUUCCGUAUAUGUGGUUAUGAUACACCUUUUCCUUUGGCCAACGAACAAUAUUAUCUUCCAUCUCUAGACAAAUGUUUAGAUGCUGUUCAACAAUUGAUUCAUUAUUGAUUAAUCGUUUACUAGAACACGUAAAGAUUCUAUCACAUGAGCAGGCAAAGAAAUCCACUUUUGUUCUAAAAUAGUUUUUCUUUUGGCUCUACUUCGUUCUCCAGGUAAGGAUACUCGAGAACAACCUUCACAAGGACGACAAGCAUGAAUUCGAUCUACCAACUCUAUGAUAUU